GCGGAGCGUCAAAAGGGAUUUUCGCUCCCAAACGCCGUUGGUGGAGAAUUCUCGGAAAAGAUCCACUUGGAUCCACGAAGAAGAUCACAGAGAGGAAGGAACGGAAAGGGAGGAAGCAAGAUCAGUUACUAAAUUGGUUCCAUGAGAGUGGGAUGAUGUUGCUGGAGCGGGGGAAAUUCAUGGAGAACACGAAAUAGAAUUUAUUGCUGCCCUUUUAUCGUGUUUGUGAGCGUGAGUCAUCGGUUUUGGCUGGUGGAGAUAUCGUCCUUGCCAACAUGGGCUCUUUGAUUAUGGCUUCCACGUCGGUCAUAUCGGGGUUUUUAUGUCUAAUACUUCUCGCAUCAAAUUGUCAUGGGAUCCUUCUACAAAACGUGGGGGUUCCAUCCUACGCUGUUCAAGGGAAAGAGGCCGUUCUCACAUGUGACUAUGAUCUGGAGGGACAGGCGUUGUACUCGGUCAAGUGGUACAAGAACGGGCUAGAGUUCUUCCGAUUUCUGCCUGGGAGCGCCCAAAAGAUGACCGUCUACGCCCGUCCGGGGUUCUUCGUGGUCCAGGAACAGUCGGACGCCUUCCAGGUCACCCUGAAGGAUCUGACCAUGAAGAGCACGGGCAGAUAUCGAUGUGAGGUCAGCACGGAAGCGCCGUCAUUCGCCACUGUAUCCAAUUAUGGCGAUAUGGUCGUUGUGGUUCUCCCAGAUUCGGGUCCAAGCAUCCAAGGCGGACAACCGCGCUACGAGUUGGGAGAUGACGUGGAUGUGAAUUGUACGUCCAAGGCGUCCAAGCCUGCGGCUGAUAUAUUUUGGUUUAUCAACGGCGAACCGGCUGACGAGGCUCUGACCCAGGUGUACCAGAUUCAAAAUACCAGCCGAGACUUGCACACUUCAACGGUGGGCCUGAAAUUCAAAGUGGCGCCGGAGCAUUUCUCCGAGCGUGGCGACAUGAAGCUCAAAUGCACGGCCACCAUUGCUAGCAUCUAUUGGAAGUCCAAUGAGAAGUCGGCGGAAAAUAUCAAACAGAAACGCGAUUUUCAAAGUCUCUAUGAAGCUCCACCAGAUUCCUCUGGUCUCUCUUCCACGUUGGGUUUCAACCAUGCCGUCAGCAAGUGGGGCUCAUCCUCGUCGUUACCCGUCAAGAUUCUAACUUUUGGCCGCCAAACCAUUAUUGUCAUGUUCAUCGCUUUGCUAUUCCAAUAAUCUUACCAGAGCGGACAAUAAAUCACUAUUACUAUUUACAAGAAGA